ACUUCCCGAGAGCAAUCAUGCUCAUAGAGUCACAGGAUCAAUCAUCUCCAGUCCUUUAGCGACCCAUGGCCAAGAAAUUGCUACGGCCAACGAAUCCCCUUAAUUGGUCUAUGAAGAUGAUUUCUUGGAACUGCCGUGGAACGGCUAAACAAAAUUUUCAAGCUAGUGUUAUGGAUAUGAAAAGAUUGCAUAGCCCCAGCAUCAUGUUGAUUGUGGAGACUAAAAUUGGGGGAGACCAAGCUAAGGCUAAAGCUACCUCAUUGGGGUUUCCCAAAUUUCAUAUUGUUGACUCUGAUGGUCUUGCAGGUGGUCUUUGGCUACUUUGGAAUGAUUAUGAAGUCCUUGUUGAUGUGGUUGCAACUAGCUCUCAAGCCAUUCACGCAGUAGUUAAGGUAACUAACCAACCUCUUUUAUCAUCUAAUUCUUGGUUUCUUUCUGGUAUUUAUGGUAGACCUACUUUUAAAAUCCGUACUGAGCUCUGGCAAGAAUUGGGUAGUAUGUCUAGAGUUAUAUCUAGUCCAUGGAUGAUUAUCGGAGAUUUUAAUGAUGUUGUUAAUCAAUCUGAGAAAUUUGGGGGUGGCUCUAUUUCUCAAACCAGAGUCUGUGCUUACCUGAAUUGCAUGAAUGAUUGCAACAUGCAAGAUUUGGGUUAUGUUGGCUCAAAAUUUACUUGGGUUAAUAUGAGGUUUAAUGGUGGAUUGAUUAGAGAACGUCUUGAUAGGGCUUGGGCCAACCCUGACUGGAGAAUUUGCUUUCCUCAAGCCUUUCUACUCCACCUCCCGCGUUUCAAUUCUGAUCACCACCCUGUUAUGCUUUGCUUGAACUCGAAUAUUGAUCAUAGGGGGUCUAGCCCAUUCCGCCUUGAAAAAUUCUGGUUGGACCAUCCUUCUUUUGGGGAUAUCAUCUCUCCUAUUUGGUCUCAAUCUCUUGGUGACUGCUUAAAUUCUAUUGUUCUUACUACCUCCAUGGUUAAACAAUGGAGUAAAGCAACCUUUGGUAACAUCUUUAAGGAGAAAAGACAUAUUCUUCGGAGACUUGAGGGUAUCCAUCAAUCCCCUGCUUUCAACCACAGCUCUUUUCUUAUCCACUUGGAGAAGGAUCUCUCUGAAAAUUAUGAGAAACUCCUCAAACAUGAGGAGGAUUUGUGGUUCAUGAAGUCCAGAUCCAAUUGGAAUACUGAUGGUGAUCGGAACACCAAAUUCUUCCAUCUUUCUACCAUUCGCCAUCGAGCCCGCAAUAAGAUCCUUGGGCUAAAGGAUUCUAGAGGAGAUUGGAUAUUUGAUUCUAAUCUUCUUCAGGAGAUGGUCACUAGCUACUUCUCUAAUUUGUUUAUGACCUCUCAUUCUCAUUCUUAUACUGACUCCUUCUCUCAAGUUGGAAUUAGACCUAUUGCUCUCUCUCUUGACAGUUUGGUGGGUGUCCCUACUGAUCUGGAAAUAUAUUCUGCCUUACAUUCCCUCAAACCUUUCAAGGCCCCAGGUCCGGAUGGCUUCCACCCUCUCUUUUUUCAGAAAUUUUGGAAUGUUACGAAGGAUAAGUUGUGUGCUGAUAUCAAACAUAUCUUCAUGUCUGAGGGACGUGUUACUCUAACCAGGGCUGUUCUUGAUUCUGUUCCUAGCUAUUACAUGCAGUCAUCCCUUCUCCCUAUUUCUGUUCACUCGGAGUUAGACCAACUCUCUAGAAACUUUAUUUGGGGAUCAGAUGAACAACACAGGAAGAUUCACCUUAUUAAGUGGGAUACAGUUUGCCAACCUAGACAUCUUGGAGGUCUGGGAUUAAAAAAGUCUCGGGAUGCAAACAUUGUGGCUAUGUGCAAGCUCAAUUGGCGUUUGCACUAUGAGAAAAGCAACACUUGGAGUAAAUUGUUUUGUCGAAAGUAUUCUAUUAUUGACCCUCGUGAUCCUCUUCCUAAUCAUGGAUCCCCUACACUCCAAGCCAUGAAAGAAGGUCGUAGCCUAUUCCAAAGAGGUUUUUUAUGGGCCACACCUCCCUUCACCAGAUUCCCUUCUUCUUGCUGAUGUUUUGUUGGAUGGCUCAACAAGUGGCAUUGCUUAUCACCUCCCGCAAGAACUCUUGGCUCAAAUGCAGGCUAUUCCUAUUGCUACCAAUAC